CUCUCCUUCUAUCCCUUGUUCAAGUUCACACAUUCUGAGAAUUCAGAAACAUGUUUUCAGGCGAAUGUUUGUCUUCAAAAAAAUAUCACCCCCUCGAUUUUUUACAGCGAAUUGAAGAUGAAUGGGGUAAAUACAUGCCGGAAAUUAUAAAAGAUCGAAUUAAGUUACUAAAAACUGAAUUCAAAUUCUUGGAUAUUUUUCUUAGCAUGCAGAGCUUCACUGAUGAAUCUAACAUGCUAAAUGUCAUUCAGAAAGUCCAUUCUCUGUUUCAAGAUUCCGCAUUUGAUAUAUCAAAAGUCUAUCAAAAUCUCGAUCACCUUACUUCGCUGUUACAAAACAAAGUUUGGAUGACUAAGUUGGAAAUCAGAGCCAAAUACUCCGUCUUCCCCAGAAUUUCAUUACAAAACAAAAAGAAUGGAAUUGCUAAUUUCGAAUUUGUAAUGAAAUUCGUUAAUGGUGUUGUAGAUAAUCUUAGCGAGUUAGAAGAGAUUGAUGAUCACUAUUCUCUACAAAUACAGGAGGUUUUAAAAGAGUUGAAGUUAUUGAGGAGUCUUGUGUGCUUUUUAUCAAAGUGGUGUGUAGAGCCUCAAUGUGUACGUAUUUUCUUCACUCACGUUUUAUUUGUGACUAGCUAUGGAGCAAUGGUUGCCUGGCUGCACAUGCCCGGUAAUGAGAAUAAAAGAAAUCAAGAUUUGCCUCCUGGUGAGGUGAAUUUCUUGCUUUCUUAUCUCGUGCGGAUGAGGAUUAAGCCUUUAAUUCCGUACAUUCGCAAAAUAUAUAUUGAUGUCUUACUAGCUUUGAAAUGGACAAUGCAAUCAGGAUUGUCUUCCAACAUCCGAAAUGUGUAUGUUGCUGAGAUUGAAGCUGGAUUUUUGGAGAUUCUCAUACACUACUUGGAGGAGCUACGAACGACCAGUAGUCUAAGUCGGAUAGAUUAUUUGAAUCAUCAAAUGGAAACCCUUGUGGAGAUGCUCAAACUCUUGAGAGCAAAUCUGAUCCAUUUGCCGAUACAAGGUCUUGAAUUUCAUCUUCAAGACAUUGAUAUUGUCAUUGUUGAUGUGGGACUUCUCGUUUACUCGUUAUAUGAUAGCGAGGAGCAGGAGGAAGCGAACCAAACACUAUUUCUUGAUUUGCCUAAGAACAUUCAGCAUAUCAAGGAAGUGAUCUUCCUCAUUAUCCGAAAGGCAUUUCAAUCUAAGCUGCCUAGGGUCCAUGGACUAGGUUGUGUUGAUUUCCUUCUGAACAACUUGAAGGAGUUCCAAACCCGUUAUUCGGAUUCACAUGCUUCUUUUGUUAACAACCAACUUCAAGUUAUUCAAAAGGAACUCGAGAGCUUGCAACCUUUUCUCAAGGAUGUGGCGGAAGAGAGAUACAAUAAGCAUGAAAGACUCGAACAUUGUGCUGCAUUAUUGAAUGGCAAAGCUUAUGAGGUGGAAUAUAUAGUUGAUGCUUUUAUUAGAGAAGGAGUUCCUGAUUGGUGUCUUGUUCGUUGGCUCUUCGGCAUCAUAAAGGAGAUUAUACUUAUCAGGGGAGAGGUAACAGAGAUUCAGGAAAAGAAACUUUUUAAGUUUGACUUAGUAUUACAUGAUACCUUGGAUACAACCACGGCUCAUAUAUCAUCAGAAUUGACUAACACUCCAAGGAUGACUGAAGAAGUUGUGGGUUUUGAAGAUGUAAUGGAAAAACUAAGAGAACAAGUAAUAAGAGGAACCAAACAGCUAGAUGUUAUAUCAGUUGUUGGAAUGCCAGGAUUAGGCAAGACGACUGUGGCCAACAAACUUUAUUCUGAUGAGUUAGUUGUCUCUCGAUUUGAUAUUCGCGCACAAUGUUGUGCAUCCCAAGCAUAUUCGCUUAGGAGUGUGUUACUUGCCAUUCUACGUGAUGCCAUUGGCGAGUCUCCUACUCUUGCUAAAUUGUCUACUGAUGUAUUAGCAGAUCACCUUCGCAAAAUUUUAUUGCCGAAAAGAUAUCUUAUCCUUGUUGAUGACGUAUGGGAAGCUAGUGUUUGGGAUGAUUUAAGAUUUUGCUUCCAUGAUGCCAAUAAUGGAAGUAGAAUUAUCUUGACAACGCAAUAUGGUGAUGUCGCUGAAAAUGCUAAAUCUGUUAGUGAUCCCCUUCAUCUUCGUAUGCUUAAUGAUGAUGAAAGUUGGAAGUUAUUAAAACAGAAAGUAUUUAGUGAGGAAAGCUGCUCUGUUCUCCUUUCAUACAUUGGGCAAGAAAUAGCAAACAAGUGUAGGGGGCUGCCUCUUGCAAUUGUUUUGGUGGCUGGUAUGCUAACAAAGAUGGAGAAGAAUGAAAAAUGCUGGAGACAAGUGGCUAUGAAUUUAUGUACUAACGUUCUCAGCGACUCAAAGGCCAUCAUAGAGCAAAGUUAUCAGAAUUUACCUUAUCAUCUAAAGCCUUGCUUCCUUUAUUUUGGAGUAUUUUUGGAGGACAAAGAAAUCAAUGUUUCAAUCUUGACAUGGUUAUGGAUUUCUGGAGGAUUUAUAAAAAGUCGUCAUGACAAGAGUUUGGAGGAUAUUGCAGAAGGCUACUUGGAGAAUCUUAUUGGAAGAAAUCUAGUUAAGGUUGCUAAAUGGAGUUCCGGUGGUAAGGUCAAAACAUGUCGCAUUCAUGACCUGUUGCUGUAUUUCUGUAAGGAAAGAGCCAAGAAGAAGAAUCUUCUACUGUGGACGAAACGGGACCAAAAUGUCAAUACAUCUUCCUCCAUUUACUCUCACAAGCAGCUCCUUCAACGUCGCAUGUCCAUUUAUUCUGAAGUGGUUGAUCUUGUGGAAUGGAACUCAUCUUGCUCUCUUGCUGGCGCUAUACAUUUCAGGGAAGGUAGAAACAAAGGUUCCUUUUCAAUUGCCCAAUUCUCCCAAAUUCACUUCAGGUUUCUAAAAGUGUUAAAUUUGGAGUUCAUCGUAAUUGAUUCUUUCCCUACUGAGCUAGUUUACUUGAGGUUUUUUGCUGCACGAACUUCUCAGAAGUCAAUCACAUCAUCCAUAGCGAAUCUUCGGAACCUUGAAACUUUGAUAGUCAAACCAAUGGGAGGAAAAUUGAUAUUGCCCAUUACACUUUUGAAGAUGGUUAAGUUAAGACAUCUGCAGAUAUACAGCAAAGCCCAUUUCACUUUGAAUACUGCAGAAGAAUUACUUGAGAGCUCAAAAUUCGACAAUUUGAUAACUCUUUCAUCUCCAACUUUUUGUUGUGUGAGGGAUGCGGAAUUGAUGUUGAGAGCACCUAACCUUCGGAAACUGAGAUGCUCAGUUGAUGGUUGGGUUUAUCCUUCUCGCGCAAUGAGUUGCCUAACACGGCUUGAGACGCUUAGUAUUAAAAUGGAUUCUCAUGCAAGUUCUCCAUCCAACUUUCCGCCAAAUCUCAAAAAAUUGACAUUGUCCAACUUUACCAUGCAUUGGCUGAAAUCAAGCAUUGCAAUGCUUCCAAACCUUCAGGUACUCAAGCUGGAAGCAAUUUUUUUCUCAAAGGCCCAAUGGGAAGUGAGCAAUAACAUGUUCCAUCAACUCAAAGUUUUGAAAGUAGUAGAUUGUCCUUGUUUUGAAAAAUGGAAUGUCUCUGAUGAUGCCUUUCCUUGCCUUGAACAUUUGGUAUUGAGAAGAUGUCGAUAUCUUGAGGCAAUCCCUUCUCGCUUUGAAGACAUCCCAACUCUAACAUCCAUUGAGGUAAAGUCAUGCAAAGAAUCAGUUGUCGAGUCAGCCAUGGUCAUCAGGGAAACACAAGUUGAAGAGAUACAAAAUUAUGACUUCAAGGUCUUCAUCUACAAGUAGAAAUACGAUGCCCCAUUCCUCAAACACUGCCUCAAAUUGGUUAUCAGUGGAUCAACAUUCCAGAAAUAAAAAGACAUCACUCUUUCCCAACGAAUGCGGUAAAACAGGUGAUGGAUGGUUAGAGCACAGAAGCUUCUAACCAACCACAGCAGAGAAUGGAAUAAAUUAUGCAAAUCAUAAUGAGGCUAGGACUCCUUGAGAAGUUUCAAAACCUAGAGGAUUUUAAAUCACAGCAGAGACGAACGCUAGGUGAUUUUUAUGUCAUCCACCCAAGCCUUGGUAGGCUGAGUUACCCGCUACCUGUGUUGGUGAGAGCUAUCAGGUACCAUGUGGAAUAGUCGAUGUAUCGUAAAAAAGUGUCAAAGCAUGGAGGGCAACCUCGUAGAAGAGUCACAGACCCCUACGACAUUGUUAACACAGGUGAUCAUGGCUCCUGUCUAAGACUCUAUAGAUGACAUUGUUAAUUAGACUAAGUAUACAACUCUCUAAAUCGUUUAUGGUGUACACGGUAUUGUUAUACACUUAUACAUGCUGACUAUUAGAAAUUUGAGGUGUGCAAACUGUAUAAUGGAUGUGAUCUUCCAGCAACAACUAUAUUAAUCUUC